UCUCGUUUGGAAGGAUGUGUCCUCCAGAGGUCGCAUUUCUCGGCCGCAUACGUCAUCGAGGCUGUCUCGUUUCAGAAAAGCGAGUAGGACACUUCCACUGCGACCUUCUUUCACGGGAAUUCGGAGGAUGCAUGAGGUGUAAUUUCCACUCAACAUGCCAACAAAAACAACCACAGCAAACGAGAGCAUCAGUGUACAAACAGAAGAGCAGAACGUGGAAGUGUCACGCUGGAACGAGGACAAUUGCACCAGUCACCUUAAAGAUCAAUCAGAGCUGCAGUUUGAUGGGUGGAACAAAACCAGAGCGAUGACAUCACUACCCAGAAACCUCCGAUUUAUAUAUCACAGUCAGAAGCUGCUGGGUGUUGUCGCCACAGAUGUCAUUCCUUUAGGUACACGGUUUGGUCCCCUGCAAGGAGCACAUCUUCACCCUGAAGAUACAUCUGCAAGCAUCUGCAGAAAACACAUCUGGAUGAUCUCAGAUGGGCGAUUACAUCACUUCAUGUCUUGUGAGGAUGAAGGCAGCAGCAACUGGAUGCAUUUUAUAAACUCUGCCCCGUCUCCUUGGCAACAGAAUCUUGCAGCAUGCCAAGAUGGGAUGCAGAUUUACUUCUACACAGUGAAGGUUCUGAUGCCGGGGGAGGAGCUACUGGUGGGGCGGAGUCUGGAAUACAAGCAGCCAAUGAGCACCAGCCUCACUUUAACUCAGAGUCAAGAUGAAGACCAAGUUUGUGUGGAGAGAGAGAAUCCAUUGAGAAAGAGAAAGAGAGGUCACACCAUCACUGAGAUACUGGAACUGGAUCCCUGGACUGGCUUUUCAUCUAGUUUUCCAACUCCCCAGACCAAACUGCUCAGUCUGAAAGAGAGUUACAGCACACACUCUAAAUUGUACCCUAAACAGAUUGCAAAAAACACCCUGGUCUCAACCAGAACAGCCCAAAAUCCAAAACUGGCCCCAUCUUUGAUGACUAAUGGCAUUUCUGACUCCCCUAUAACUCAGAAAAGGACACCUGGUAUAGGAGGGCAUUUACACAUCCCUGCUAUCCCACAAUCCUCUCUGCUAAUGUAUAUCCGGCCUAUUGUUCAAUCUGUGCCUUCACACCAGCCAAUCGGACUUGACCGAACAAUACCACAAAUGUCCCACAAUACCUCCCUUCCUCCAGUUCACAUGUAUCCAUCUCUUUCUAAAAUAAAAUUCAAUGAGAAUCACCUUUCAUUAGCGUUGACCAAUAGAAACAGCCCCAGGCUUUCAACAGCCAAUCAGGUGAGAGACUCCAGAGCCCCUGUGAAUGCUGGUUCCUCAUCACUUUCAGAACUUAAAGACUCCACAACAAUGCCACGUCACCAGCCUGUGACAUCACCACCAGCUCUCAAUGAUGCAGCCAAUUUCUUUCCUCAUUCUUCUGCUGAUGCUACCUUGGUUACUGAUGACAUCACAACCAAGAAACACUCAACUGAGGUGGGUGUGGCUGCACUAGAAGUCUCUAGCUCCACACAUCAUGGCACAAAUUCCCAGGGUGACCAAAAGCAAGGACAGAAUAUAGGUCACAGGGCUCUACCAUACCCAUUAAAAAGACGAAAUGGAAGGAUUCACUAUGAAUGUAAUGUAUGCAGGAAGAACUUCAGUCAGCUUUCCAACUUGAAGGUUCAUCUGAGGGUUCACAGCGGUGAGAAACCAUACAGGUGUGUCACCUGCAGGAGGAGCUUUUCCCAGCUGGCUCAUCUUCAGAAGCACAUCCUGGUCCAUACAGGAGAGAAACCACAUGCAUGUCAUGUGUGCAGUAGGCGCUUCAGCAGCAGCAGUAACCUGAAGACUCAUCUGCGGCUGCACUCAGGUGAGCGGCCUUACGUCUGUAAGCAAUGCCCCGCCCGCUUCACCCAGCACAUCCAUCUGCAGCUCCACAGACGCUUGCACACCUCCCCGCGCUCACACCUGUGCCCGCAGUGCCCUCGCAGGUACACACACCUGUGCAGUCUACAGAUACACCUCCACCAGUUCUGUCCCGCCUCCAGCUUCACAGGCUCCACCUCUCAGCUGGACCUAGCCAAUGACGAGAUCGAGAGGUUCGACUUCAGUGAGGCUGCAGGGAGCCUUGAGGUUGUCAUGGAGACAGAUUCCAUAAAGAGGAUGUGCCAGUUGAUCUGGGCACGGGUGCUUGCAGUUCCUGUCCAGGGAGCAGCACACGAGCUGACGAGAUGCGAGCAGACCUUUCCAAACACAGUAAUAAUGCAAAAUGAAUUAUCCAACCCUCUUUCUCAAAAGGUUAUCAUGAAACAAGAAGAAUAAUGGGUAUUACUGACCAGAAUUGACCAUAAAACGUAAUUAAUAACAACAGUAAGUGCAACCAGAUUGGCAUCUGUCUACAAUUGUGGAUUUUUAGAGUAGUUCCCGUAAAACUUGCUAUAUUCCACAAACAGGUACUUUCAUGGAUGCUUCCAUAUUCAGUAAGAAUCAGUUGAAGAAUGUUCUACCUGCAUUACGUUGCAUGACAAUGAUUUUUCAGGUUUUGGUUGUAAUAAUGAUUUUUUAUGUUUGCUUUUGCAAACACAUGUUAUCCUUGCUAUUACUGUUCAAUGAUACCUCACAUUGCAUUGCGAAUAAAGUCAAGGAUGUUUCAUAUAAGACUGCACAUCGAGCGCUUUAAAUUUAGUAUGGAAGAUUACUGUGUAUUUUGUAAAAAUGCCCAUGAGACUAUUGAACAUUUAUUUUAGGAGUGUUGUAUAAAAAAGCAUUUUGGAUAGAGUUAAAAAUUAUUUCCAAAAAGAUUGUUGUUAAUUUUGAAGAAACAGAUGUUCAGUUAAAAUGUAUUUCAAUUGAUUUUGAUAAAUAAUUAGUAUUUAUAUGUGACUUCAUUAUUAUAAAGGCUCAUUAUCAUAUACAUAAAGUUAAAUGGACUGAAAAAAUGCCUGUAUUUUAACCAUUUAAAAUCUAAAUUAAAACAUAUUUGGAAACUAUAUAAAAAAGUAAAAAGACACAAAAGAAGCAAUAUUAACACUGCAACUGUUUAAGAUGUACAAACGUUUUCUAUAAUGUCAUUUGUGUUGAUUAAGUUUUGUAUUAUUAUUUUAUUUAUUUUACGUAUACCCCUGACAUGUUUAUUUCGAAACAAUGGUUUUAAAAUUGUUAUCUGUAUAUUCUUGAAUUUGUAAUGUUCUCAAUAAAAAAACAGGACAAUGUUUGGGAUGUAAAAAUA